AAGCCACGCUCCCAACUCCUAUCACUCUCAGUAGACACUUCCUGACUAAACAGCGGGGCCAGUUCCUUGUACAGUUCAAACAAAGUUUCUGUUAAAACAAGCGACUGGAAAAUUAUUUAACGCAACAUUUUUGUGUGGGUCCUUCACUCUUUAAACUGAAGAUUAGGGUGAGUGGGGCCUUGGAUAGUAUCAUUUUACCCUUUCCCCCCCCACACACUUUGAAAGCUGUGCUGGGAAGACAACGCUUCACAUUGUGUUGUGGCUUUACAGAAGGUAUACUUCAUGGGUUCUGAUGAGGCCUACAACUUUGUCUUUAAGGUGGUUCUGAUUGGUGAGUCUGGCGUUGGCAAGAGCAACCUGCUCUCCCGCUUUACCAAGAACGAGUUCAACCACGAUAGCCGCACCACCAUUGGGGUGGAGUUCAGCACUCGCACUGUUCAGCUAAAAGGUCUCACCAUCAAGGCUCAGAUCUGGGACACAGCUGGGUUGGAGCGAUACAGGGCCAUCACUUCAGCUUAUUACAGAGGCGCUGUUGGAGCGCUGCUGGUCUAUGACAUCACCAAGCACCUGACAUAUGAGAGUGUGGAGCGAUGGCUGAAGGAGCUCUAUGACCAUGCAGACCCUCACAUUGUGGUCAUGUUGGUGGGCAACAAAACUGAUCUGAGUUCAGAGCGAUCAGUGCCUACUGAGGAAGCCAAGGAUUUUGCUGAAAAGAAAGGCAUAUUGUUCUUAGAGACAUCAGCCUUGGAGUCCACCAACGUUGAGACGGCAUUCCACAAUGUCCUUGGAGAGAUCCACAGGAAGGUUAGCAGUAAAGAGGUGACACGGGGGUCCAUUAGUGCCGUGUCUCUCGCCAGCCCUAUCCCCAGAGCUUCAGAUGAUUCUGAAGAAAAGAAGCCGUGCUGUAGGAACCUCUGAAGGGACAGAGCUGAGCGCCCCACCUACCCAUAUUAUGACCUCAUGUGGUAGCGGCCCCUUACCCACCAUUCUUUGGUGUUACCGUGAGCAUGCGUGCAGGAUUGAAGAGAAUUAUGCAGAUCAAGACCAUUUUGAUUGUGACACAGUAAAAAAAGAAUGGCAGACAGAAAUCAUUUUCAAUUCCUGGCAUGAUCUAAUGUGCAUAUACAUGGCUGAUUCAUGGCUGAGUCAAUGGUCCAUAUUUUCCAAAGAAUCCACCAACAUGGAUCAGUAAAAAUAAAUAAAAGUGUUUUGUGCACACUGCUAAGAUUUAACUUUGCCUCGAUGGAGAAUGUUUUUAGAAAAAUAACCUUUUUCUCUGUAUCCCAACUUUGUCAUAUGCAAUUGUACCUAUGGCCCUGUCGCACUAAAACAACAGAUUUGAGAGAGUUGAAGACUGUGUCAAGCUUUUUUAAUAGGUAUCGACGCCAUGACAUUGUUAUUUUUCACACUGCCCUUCCAACCAGUGAAAUCAGGUCAAAUGUAUUUUGAGUGGUGUCAAAACAAUGUUUAUUCUUUCACAUGCAGCUUAUUUAAUUUGAUUUGCUGUCAUGGUGUAAGUUCUGUUACAUUAAUUAAAUGUUUCUAUGGUUUUUAUGUUUUCAUAAAUUGUUCCAAAACAGCUUAUUUUUACAAUUAGAUUAUUUUACAACAAUAUAGAAUUUUAUUUUGCACUAAGAUGCCAAGGUAUUUAUUUCUGUUUUGAAAUUGUCAGUUUUUAAUUCUGCUUUUUUUUUCAAAGCACCCCUUAAAAGGAACAAAUAUGUUAAAAUGUAACAUUUUUAACAUAUAUUUUAGAUAUACAUUUUUUGUGUCCCGAUUACAUUUUUUUUUUCAUUAUAUAAAUACUUGUAUGAUUGUUCUUGAAACUAAGAUCCCAUCAUUUUAAGAGUGCCAAAAUGGCCAACCAGUAUCUUCAACACCUCUGUGAUCAAUAUAUAUGGUGACUUUACAAAUAGGAAAUUGGUAUCUGGGAAGUCAUAAUUCUCUUCUGGUUUGAUGUCAGAAUAAUUCUUCAGCCAUUAAAAUGUUAGCUAUCGUAGUAACUAACGAUACCAUUAUCCAUAUUGAAAAUGUUGUAUUUGUCUGCAGAUUUUAUUGUCAUCUUAAGGUUGAAAAGGUAAAAGGUCAAUCAUAAAACAAUACAACUCUGGUCAUAAAAUAUUUCCCAAGAUUCUAACUGAAAUAUUCCGCUGGGAACUCGGAUAAUCUGGUAUGAUAUAACAUGGUCAGUGUCAGCCUUCUCAGGUUUACAUGAACCCUGGUCUUCCAACGACUUUACCGCUGCACAAUUCAGAUCCCACUUGUAAUUCUGACUUGAACCAGCAACAUGGGAACAAGCAACUUCCUAAACCCUGGGAGUUUAUACAUUUGGUAUAUUCCACUAUAUCAUACUAUAAAAAACAGGAAAUGUACCACGUAUGUAAUCAAACAUUUUGUCAAAAUGAGUUAUUCCAUUAAUAAUCAGCUCUUAAUCACAUUCACCUCAUAAACAGCCAUUGACAUAAUAAAACAUUGUUUCCA